AUGCGUGGUAAUCCUUACAGCCGGGGCUUUGACCCCAUGAAGUCGCGCUCAGAGCGGCGCAAGGAGAAGCAAGCAAAGCUAGCCAAAACAAAGCGUGUUAUCCGACUUAAGAGGCGAUUGGGCCGCAUCGCGGCGCGUAAGUUCGCAGGUCAAGAGGAUAGUCACAUGACAGCGCUAAUGGAAUCCUACAUACUCCGCCGCAAGGCGGAGCGGGCGGCGGCAAAGGCGAAGGAGCCACUCCAGGAUGACCCUGGGGCGCCUGGUGAGGCUGGCUCGUCAGGAGAGGAUAGUGACGUGAAGGAGAGCGAGGUGGAUGACGACGAAGACUGCGACUCCUCUUUGCUUGUCAGAGAAGCGGACAGCGCGUUUGAAGUAAAUGGGGCUGACGACGACGACGACGACGAGGGGCAAGACGAUACCUCCACCAUGCGGCGUCGUGCUGUUCAGCGCAAGCAAGCUGGUUACGCCUGUGGUAGAGGUGACCCACGGCGUGGUAGUGUUCGUAGAAGAGAAGGCGCAUCACUGGCAUCGACAAAGGUCACCGCUGCACUUCGCGACAAGCACGGACGCAGUGGCGUUGCUGAUCGUAACGGACAGGGAGUUUGCGGUGGGCACUCAGCUCACCGGGGCGGCGGCGGCCAUGGCUGUAACAAUGCGCAGCACCGUGAGAAUAAGAGUAGCGAUGUGCGCUCCCAUGGGCGGUCUCGCAAGGUGCUCACUCGCUCCUUCUACUGA